UUAAGUUUUAACUAGUAUAAUGGGAGGGACUGUGUAAUCUUAAGACGUUUAUGAUAAGAGAAAGUAAAACUAAAACAGGAAUAGUCUCCGUAUGAUCUCUUGUAUCAUCUUAUUUAUUCACACUCUUGAAUUAAAGCAUUUGUGUCCUUCAGAGAUGAAGUUUAUUUGUUUGACCCUCUUGAUUAUGUGUGGAAUUACUGAUUCAAGAUCAGAGCAGUAUGAUGUGGUGGGACCUGUAGAUCCUGUAUUUGCUGUAGCUGGUGAAGAUGUGAUUCUGCCCUGUUCAGUUAAACCCAGCAUCAGUGUUGUGGACAUGAGAGUGGAGUGGUUUAGAUCUGAACUGAAAGAUUCACAACUAGUGCAUCUCUAUGAGAAUCAUGAGGACAGAAACACAGAACAGAUUCAGUCCUACAGAGAGAGAACAAAACUGAAUCAUCAAGAACUACAGAGAGGAGAUGCAUCACUCAAACUCUCAUCAGUCCAAAUCUCUGAUGAAGGACGUUACAAGUGUUUUAUUCAGUCCGAAUCCUGGUAUAAUGACGCUACUGUUGAUGUCAGUGUUGAAGCUGUUGGACGUCCUCCAGUGAUCACUGUAGAUGGAUUUGAUGAUUCAGGAGGGCUUCAUCUACAGUGUGAAUCUAAAGGUUGGAACCCUGAACCUGAUCUUGAGUGGCUGGACAGUGAAGGAGCCAUCUUGAGUUCAGAAACUACAGAGACACACAGAAACACAGAAGGAUUCAGUGUCAAACACUCUAUCACUGUACAUCACAGUGUCGGCAAGAUUCACUGUAGAGUGAAACUGAGAAAUCACAAGCUGGAGACACAGAUUAUCACCUCAAAUAAAAGGUUUAAUCCUUGGAGGACAUCAAUCAUCUUGAUUUCAGCUGUUGUUUUACUCAUUGUGAUUGCUGGAAUGCUGAUGGCUGCAUUUAUUCAAAAAAACAGAAAACAUGAUCAACUACUGACGGAGAAGAGCAGAAUACAAGGAGAAUGUGAUAAUCUACAGGAUGAUAUAGGCAGAAUACAACAAGAAUACGAUGAAUGGAACAGGAGAAUGAAGCAAGAGAAGUAGAGAAGGAGAAAAGCAGAAUAAAACCAGAAUGAGACAGGAGAAUAAAACCAGAACAUGAUCAACAUUUACAGUCGCAUGCGGACACACCAUUACAAACAGAAGAUAAAAAAGACAGGUGUUUUUUACAAUGAGGUGCAGGUGAAGGAGUGAAUUAAGUGCUAUGUAACAUGAAGAGGUGGAACAGUCUGAGUCCUAAAGUUAAAUACUGAACUGUGGGUCUUAUUAAUGGGGUGCACUGGACUUGUGAUUCUUCAUUUAUCUUUCUUUUUCUGAGUGUGGAGCCUGAGAGGCUGUUUGAGGAUUAUGAGGAGGGUCUGGCCUCCUUUUAUGAUGAGUCCAUGCCUCAUAUCUACUCUUACACUUGUCAGUCUAAGAUUCAAUUUUGCAUCCUUAGAAAUUAUUAUUAUUAUUAUUAUUAAUUUUUAGAAAUAUUUUUUAACAUACUAUAAAUAUAUCUGUCCAGAUCACUUUUAAUGUUGUUUUAACACUUACUUUUACUACUCCAGAUGUAAUC